GCCUCGGCUUGCGGGCCUUUCAAACAUGGAGGAGCGGGAGCGGGGGGCGAGGUCGGCUCGCGCCGGGAGCCCCGCGCGCCCGCCGAGCCCGCGGCUGGAUGUCAGCUCUGACAGCUUCGACCCUCUGCUGGCCCUGUACGCGCCCCGCCUGCCGCCCAUCCCCUACCCCAACGCGCCCUGCUUCAACAACCUGGCCGAGUACGAGAGCUUCCUCAGGACCGGGGUCCGGGGCGGCGGGCGCGGGCGGGCGCGGAGCGCGGCCGCGGGCUCGGGGGUCCCCGCCGCCGCUGCUGGGCCCUCGGCCAGAACCCGCCGCCGCCAGGACGCCCCCGCUCCAGACCCCGAGCGCAUCCAGCGCCUCCGUCGCCUCAUGGUGGCCAAGGAGGAAGGGGACGGGGCCGCCGGGGCGCGCCGGCGGGGUCCGGGUCGGAGCAGGAAGGCGCCGCGCAACGUGCUCACGCGAAUGCCCUUGCAUGAAGGCAGCCCUCUGGGUGAGCUCCAUCGUUGUAUCCGGGAGGGAGUGAAAGUGAAUGUUCACAUCCGCACUUUCAAGGGUCUUCGGGGCGUCUGUACAGGCUUCCUCGUCGCCUUUGACAAGUUCUGGAAUAUGGCACUUACUGAUGUGGAUGAGACCUACCGAAAACCUGUUCUAGGCAAAGCAUAUGAGCGGGAUUCUUCAUUGACUCUAACUAGGCUGUUUGAUCGCCUAAAACUUCAAGAUUCUUCCAAAAAAGAAGGAGAUUCUAAGUCUGCAGUUGAAGACUCCACUCUGUCCAGAUAUUCCCAGACGUCUACUUGGAAGGUGGCUUCAGUGUGGGGAAGAGGAGAUACUGAUCGGGGCUCACGCAGGCGUUCCCGCUCUGUUCCUUCUUCCCUGCAGGCAUCUGCAAGGGAGGAGUCCAGGUCAGAGAUGUCAGGGAGGACUACACGGACAGAAGGGUCAAGUGCGGGAGGUACCUUUUCCAGGGCCACCACCCUUUCCAGGGGCCAGCCCCGUAAGAAAAAGCGAAAGCCCAAAGUGGAUUACCAGCAGGUAUUCACUCGACACAUAAAUCAGAUUUUCAUUCGAGGCGAGAAUGUCCUGCUGGUUCAUCUUGCACAGUGACCAGCUCGGCCUCAUGGGAGCUUUGGUUUUUAGAAAUAAAAUGCAUGAAUUGCUGCUAUGCUGUAUCCUAGUACCCCAGUGAAACUCUGAGUUGGAAUAAUUCCCUCUGGUCAUGCAUGUACAGAGCAUAGAGCCAGGCUCAGACCCUCUGGAAGAGGAGCUCCCUCCAGGGGACACAGGCCUUAGGAGGGUGGGUAUUUGCAUUAAUAUCAAGUCAGAAGCUGUACGGAGGAAACAACCUGCAUCUUAUUUGAUGUCAUGGUCAACUUUAGACAUUGAAACCAAGUAUCAAAUCUUCAUUUGAAUUAGGGGUCUGGUAUGAAUUAAAUUCACCCCACAGAUACUAUAAGGAUAGAAGGGAAAAAAACACCUCAAAAGAAGUUAUUUCAUUUCUAAAAGCUAGUGCCCUAAGUACUCAUGAAUUUGAUUCUAAGAGUAGCAGUAUAAAUUUCCCAGUAGUCUUGUAUCCACAACUUGUAACUGACCUUUGAAUUUUGCUCAACACCAUUCUUCCUUCAUCAAGAUAUAUAAUUUAUUACCUUUGAAUAGCUAUAAAACUAAGAAAGCUACUAACUUAUGAAAGAGUAAAAUUCAGGUAGCUGGUAUGCUCAAAGCAGCCAACAACGAAUAUUCUGUUUUUACCCCUCCUUAUUAUUUAAAGGGAUACGGGACUUCGGGAGUCUUCCCCACUUACCAGAGGUAGCUUCUGAGACUGGCAUGCCAGGUGGGACUAGAAGAUUCUCAUGAGGUGGCUUCUUGUCCUUUUCCUACACUUCUGUGGCAUGGUGCUAGUGCAUGUACCCAAGUAUUGCCCUUCUGUAUGUAGUGCGAACUGUUCUGUGAGCUUUAUGGCAGGUGACUGUGACCUUCAUAUAUGGCUUCAAAGAGUUCUGCAUGAACUCAGUAGUACGUAUGCAUCACAUGGUUGAGAGUUCCCUUUCCAGUUAGGGCUGGACUGUGUAGAGUAGCUUUCAGAAUGGUAUUUCCAUGAAACAGGAGUGCUAGUUUUAUUCCCUCGUGUCACGCCGAAGAGAUUCUUACAAAGUACUGUGGGUGGCAUCUAUAAGGGACACUUUACUCACAGCCUGGCUUGAGUAAUGGGAACACUGUAGCACCCUCUGGUACUUCUACUUGAAUCAUAAUAUAUGCUUUUUCAAUCACUAGUACAGAACAGGCUACAUCUAGACACAGACUGUUAGGCAAUAUUGAUUUUUCAUUUUGUUUGUAUUUGGUUUUAUUUUAGAAUAACUUGUUCAAAGUGAGAAUAAGAAAUAGAUAACUAGUUAAAAUGCUUGAAAAAAAAAAUUCCCCUUCUGUGUUUUUUAUGUAACUUAGGUAAGCCUUCUGAGAAGCAGGGUGAAUAACGUCGAGGGAGUUAGGCCACCUGGUCGUUCUGCUAGCUGGGCCACAGGCUCAUCAUGCAGUAAAGGGAGAGCAGACUUAACCCCUCCGUGCCUCAGUUUUUCCCCUCAGACACCUACCUCACAGGGGCACUGAGACAGAGAAUUUUAGGAAGGCAUUUUAAAGUCUCUAAACAUAUUUAAGUGCCAUGAGUAACUUUUACUAACUAUAUUUCAUAGCUUGGUAAGAGUUCUAUGUCUUAAGAGCAGGGUAGGUGCUACAUACGAAAGUCAUCUCUGUAGGUGUCGUAAUUAUGAACUUGUCCUCAGAAGGCAGUGAUAUCUUCAGGAACUGUUUUCCAUAAUUCAUUUCUUUCUCCUAAGGCAAAUGGAAGUUCUUAGAAGAAUAUCCUCAAUAAAAGAAGAGUAGUGUUUCUUUGCUGCUUCCCCUACAUCCCAGCCCCAGCCCUUUUCUGAUUAUCGUCAGAAAGAAUUCCCCUGAACUUUUCAAGGGAUUUAUACGGUAGUACCAAAGGGACAAUGCACAUCUCAAAAUGACACAUCCCCAAAGGGGAAUUGUGGAAGAUGUUUUGUUUUGUUUCGUUUACUUGCUUUUAUUUUAAAAUGCAUUGUAAAUAUUUUUCUUUAGAGCCAUAUCAGAAACAUUUAGAGAGGUUCCGUGUUACAAAGUCAAGCAGUUACCUUUGGAAUCUGCUCAUCUAAAUUCUCUUCUAAGUGGUAUGUCUAAAAUCUCAGUUACUCAGUUAAUAGUUAUCUUGUUUAAUCAUCAGGCACCCCUGCCUCUACCUCUUUACCAGUCUUUACUGUUAGAUGUCUUCCUGUGUCUGCCGUUCUGUCCCUCGGCUAGAAGCUGCAGUAGAUACCAGGUUUUCCCAAUAAAAUAUAAGUUUGGUAUCAAAAGGAAUAUAUCCGUUUCCAUUCAUUUUAGUGCCUGACUAAAUCUAAUGUGAUUUAUUUUAAACACAUGCUGCAUUUUCAUGUUUGUAUAUAAUGUUCAUAUGUCCAGAUAACGAUUGGUUUGCUACUUUUCUGUCUAAUCUAAUAAUUCUGGCUCUGAAAAUUAUUUUAAACUCAUGUAAUCAGUCUGAUGUGCCCAUAUGCCCCUCUUAGUGAUUCUAGGAUGAAAACUAUUUAAAUAGUACAUGUGGUGUUUUGUAUAAAGUAUGACAAUUCUUUUUUUAGGGAAGUCAAUUUUUAAAAGUAUUGCCUUUUCUUUAUUAUUGUAGAAAUCUUUCAAAAGGAACAAAAAAUUGGUUCUAUUAACUUACAUGCUGCUCAAAAUCUGUCAUCACCUAGAACAUUUUAAUAAGUUGUUAUGAAAAUAACUGAAGUCUUCCUCAGGAGAAGGAAAGAAAAAGGGAAAGUAAUAGCCAGAAUGGUAGAGUUCUGGAGGCCCCCGCAAGCUCACUUGAAGGGGUGCCCGACACAGCUGAAAUGCAGCAAAACUGGUUUCAGGUGUUCUCCAGGGAUUUGGGCUUAGUACAUUCAAUAGGAAUAGUACUUAUUUUUGAACAUCCAACAUGGGUUCUUCAAAGUAAUCUCUAGACAUGGGAAUUCAUUUCCGAGACAGUUCAUGGGGCAUACCUGUGCACUUCUUGAGGUCUUCUCAGGAGCACUGAGCCACGGGAGAUGUGGUUUCACACCCAGAGUGAUUUCAUGUGCCAUUCUUUGUGUACAGAGGUGAUCCUGUGCCUCUACCACCAGGAGAACUUCUGCUUUAGGUUGUUUGUUCUAGAACUUGGGUAGCAGUUAUGCUGUUUCAGAGACCAUCUUAUGAUGGCGGGCCAUUUGUGAGAUGGGUAGCAGCGUUAGCCAUUUCUAAGGCAGAUGGCUUUACACCAGUCAGUUUCUUGCUCUCUGUGCAUGGUGUAUAUCAAGUCAGAAAGCCUAGAAACCAUUCGCAUUAAAGUCUAGGUGCAUGAGAAUCCUUGCUCUGAGUUGGUGGGUCAGGAGGGGCUUCAUCUCUCCUUGUGAUAAAACUGUCCAGGCAUACCUUUAGAGAUUGUCAAAGCGUGAACCAUGAGCUGUCUUUAAUCCUCAGAAGCUGUGUACAGAAGUCUAGGAAGCUUGAGAGAAAAAUAGAACCCUAAGUUGAUGCUGAGGGGUUUUAUAUUUCUAUUUGCAAUAUCCCCAAAGCCACUGACAUGGGCAAAAUCAUGAAAUAGAAUUGAUUCUGUAAAUUUUCUCUUAAUUUUUGCUUUUAGGAAAAAUUAAAGUUAUUCAAAGACAGCCGGCUGUCACUGGUGCUGCCUCAAAGCUUUCCCAUUUUUAUGUAUUUUUUGUGAACGAAGUGGUUGCUAUGGGAAGGCCAGGAUUCACCUUCGAGUAUCAUGGUACAGAUAUAAUGGUUUAGCAAGUGUUUUAAUUUUUCUCUUCCUGUGCCAGGUACUAACUUCAAUCAACCCCUUUUGAGUAGCUUCUAUGCAUCAACCUAUGUUUUCCUGGGCAGUAACUCCCAGAUGCUUUUAUUAGGGAUUAUAAAGCAAGAAAAUCUUAUCUGUGCCUAUGUUGCAAAGGUGGGUGGUCUGUCAUUACUUGCAAAUUGAGUUGGUGGAUUUUAGAUAAGUCUUUGGGGUUCCUGUCACAGGUUCCUGGGCUCUGAGGAAGGGUUGCGCCUCUUUUACUCUCAGUGUUUUGAGUAUUUUUCAAGUGUUUGUAACUUCUAUUGCACUCCUCUAAUAAAAAUGAAAGCUAUCUGUCAAGGAAUGGCUUUGGAUGGCUCAGAGAUCUAGGGAAAAAGAAAUAAGUACACCUGAGACCUUCAGUUGGUCUUUUAUUUAUUUAGAAUGAGAAGUAGUUUGAUAAGCUACCAGAGUUAGUGCUGCUUUAAAAACACUCUCUGAAAAGAUGGCAACUGUCCCUCAGGAAAGCUAUAAAAGCUAUUCCCAAUACAUUGCAAUUGCUUUUGAUUUUUAAUCCUUUGGAGCAAAUGUCUGAUGUUAUGUUUUUAGAGCUGUGGGGGAAAAAAAAGUCUAAACAAUCUUGGGAGGUAUUAUUUAAAUGAUUAUCUGGCUGAAUUAUGUGUAAGCUAGGUUCUAGGGCAGCUGUCCAGUUCUUUUUCUGUUGUCCUGACAGUAACACAGAUAGUGAGCGAUGUCUUGAAAAGUGAUUUGCUUAUUUCAUAUUGACAUCUAAAGACAUUAGCCUUCUGUUUGGCAGCCCUGGGGAUACCCCUCUGCUCCGUGACUUAUUAAUGUUUUUUUAGACAAGGCUAACCUGGAUGACUCUCUGUAUUUAUAGUUUCAGUAUUCAUAUACCAGCUGCUAAAAGAAAAACCAUAACUUAUAAUCUUGUCUUGAAAUUACUCCCAAUUGUGAAGUUCACCUAAAUUCUUCAUGUUUAGGGAGGAUUGCUGCUAAUAACGUCAGUUUGCAGUGUUCUGCUUUAGGUAUGUGUCAUAUGGGAGUCUGGAAACUGUAAUAAAUAUGAUUGUAUUAAUGUA